AUGAACAAACUAUCCGAAGAUCCAAACUUUCACUAUGAAGCCCUGCGCUCGCUCGGCCUCGCCCGCUACGGCGGCAGUGACGUGGCAGAGCAGCUCGCCAUCCUGCCCAAGAUCAAGCCCGGCGACCCGGAGAGCUGGUACGAAGAGUGGGAGGCGCUGGCGCAACGCGUUCUCUCGUCCGCCAACGAGGAUAAUGGAAAGAUCCCCAUGUCCCCAACCAGCCUCUGCGACAUGUACUUUCGGGCCAGCCAUUACUUUUUCGUGGCCGACUUUUUCAUUCACGGCAACCAGGCCGAUCCCCGUCUCCGGCAGUCGUUUGACCUUUGGCGCAAGUACUUUGACAAGGCCAAUGCGCUCCUGCCGGUCCCGGGACAGCACGCCGUGGUCAAGACGGGCAAUGGAUUCGACGUGCCCAUCAUCAUCUAUCAGGCUCCUCCUCAGGCCACCGUCGUCGCUGCGGGAUCCUCCUCCUCCCAGAGUCCUCCCCGCCCGACUCUGCUCGUCGGCGGCGGCUUUGACAGCAACUACGAGGAGACAUAUCACGCCUUUGCCGUGCCCGCCCUCGAUCGCGGAUACAAUGUGAUUAUCUACGAAGGGCCCGGCCAGCCGAGCCUGUUGCACACGCAAAAGGUCGGCUUCAUUGCCGAGUGGGAAAAGGUGGUGAGCCCGAUCCUCGACUACAUUGAGGAGCAGCAAGCAAAGUCCCAGCUAUCCUUUAUCGAUUUCAAAAAGAUUGGCCUCAUUGGCUGGAGCCUGGGCGGCUAUCUAUCAGCGCGCGCCGCUGCCUUUGAGCCCCGUCUCGCUGCCGUCAUGUGUAUUGAUGGCGUCUGGAGCUUCCAGGACUGCAUCGGUCAGAUCUUCCCGGACGCAAUGGCGGCGUUCCGACGUGGUGACCGGGAGGCUUGUGACGCGGCCUUUGAAAAGGACUAUACACAAAACACGAACCGGCGCUGGUUCCAUGAUCACGCAAAGUUCUCAUUCCAGCGUCAGUCAGCCUUUGAGAUUCUACAAAUCACGGACAAGAUGAGCCUUGAUGGCGGUAUCGCAGAGAAGAUCAAAAUACCUGCCUUGAUCGCCGAAGCCCUGGAUGACAUAUUCUUUGCCGGCCAGCCGGAACGCGUUGCGCAAACUAUUGGAGCAAAUGCAUAUUUGGUAUCGUUCGGGGACAAGCAUGCCGCUUCUGCACAUUGUCACAGUGGUGCGUUUAGUUACGCAAACGCAAAGAUCAUGGACUGGUUCGGCCACGUCACUCGUUAA